GGUAGUCCAUUGCCCUCGACGAUAAGAGUGGGCCCAAGGUGUGAGGGUAAACUGAAAGAGUUUGAAAAUUUCAAGGGUAUUAUUGUUGGCGAAGGUGAAAGUUAGGACUAAUUUUAGCCGAUCCUCCGGCCUCCGUCCCUAUUUUAAGUCGCCGGAAGGCGUCGAGUAAAAGGGGAGUAGUUUUGCCCUCGAGUGUCGCAGUUCGCCGAGGCUCGAGGGGAGACAUCGCCGAACAAAGCGAAGUUAAUCUGUGGCGAAUCGACGAGCUCAAUCUUGUUUCGAACUGAGCACGUUAAGACGCUCCUUUGAUGGGGUGUUGCAACAGCAAAGGCGCCGGGGAUUCUAGCGCCGGUCGGGUCGCCCGAUGGCGAUCGACCGGCAUCGUUGCUCUGAGAGACUCCAAAUUGAGAACGUUACCAAGUGAGAUCCUUGCAGUGGAAAGUUUUGUUCGUACUCUUGAUCUAACAAACAACAGAAUAAAUGAAGUAACACCAGAAAUCAGUAAACUGGUUAAUAUGCAGCGUUUGGUUUUAGCCAACAAUCAGAUCGAGCAACUUCCAACAACAAUUGGAAUUCUCCGACAGCUAAAGGUCAUCAUACUUGAUGGCAAUCACCUUACUAACUUGCCCGAUGAAUUGGGUUUUCUUUCCAGACUGGAGAAGUUAUCCAUCACAGGGAACUCAUUGGUUUGUCUGCCCAAAACCAUUGGAAAUUUGUGUAAUUUGGUGUUGCUAAAUGUCUCAAGUAACAAGUUGAAGUGCCUUCCAGAAUCAAUUGGAGGGUGUAUCUCCCUUGAAGAAUUACAAGCAAACGGCAAUGUAAUAGAAGAAUUGCCUUCCUCAGUCUGUAACCUUGUUCAUUUGAAGUUGCUUUCAUUAAACAACAACCUUAUUCAGCAGCUUCCGCAGGAUCUUCUAAAGAGCUGCAAAGCUUUGCAGAAUGUUUCCCUUCAUGAAAAUCCAAUAUCCAUGGAACAGUUCCAGCAAAUGGAAGGAUUUCAAGAGUUCGAAGCAAGGAGAAAAAAGAAGUUCGACAAGCAAAUCGAUUCAAAUGUUAUGAUGAGCUCGACUGGACUAGAUGAGGGCCUCGACAUAUAAAUUUGAGAUUGUGAUUGGGUUCUGUGGUGGAAUGAGAUGACAUGAAAUGAAAUGAUACAAAAGCUAGGAUGAUCGUUGCAAUUAUUGUAUUUUGAUUUAACUACAAUGGAACGGUUUUGCAAGAUAAAGUUGAAUCAGCCACUCAUACUUGAAUAAAUGUUUGAGAUGUGGCUUAAGUUUAACUCUAUUUUUAACUUGUAUUUUGUAUUAAAUUUUUAUAAACAGUCUGUGGUAUUUGUUAAAACA